UGUGCUUGCAGGGCUACAGUCAGCAGACGUGUGCAGCGCAGCCAAAAUGAUCCAGCACGUGGUUGCUGCAGUUUGCACGCUGUACUCUGUGGCGUAUUUGGGGUAUUUUUUAACCCACUUGGCACGGCACCUCAUGUGUGGAUCCCGAGCAGCUCCUCCUUCGGGCUUUCGGAACCGUUUCUAAAGGACUCGACAGGGCCACAGGAGGAGAGCUUCCUUGUUGACAGAGAUCUCUGGCUGGUGAUGGAAUACAUGGAUGGAGGAACUUUGCAGGACGUUGUCAGACAGACACGCAAGGCUGAAGGAGAGAUGGCAGCUGUCAGUCGGGAGUGUCUGCAGGGCCUGGAUUUCCUCCAUGCGAACCGGGUGAUCCACAGAGAUCUGAAGAGCUCCAACAUCCUUCUGGGAAUGGACGGCUCUGUCAAGCUGGCUGAUUUUGGCCUCUGCGCUCAGCUCAGCCCUGAGCAGGACCAGCGCAGCUCCAUGGUGGGCACUGCUCACUGGAUGGCCCCAGAAGUUGUCACCAGUUCUCCUUAUGGCCCCAAGGUGGACAUCUGGUCCUUUGGCAUUGUGACCAUCGAGAUGGUGGAAGGAGAACCUCCUUACUUCAAGGAAACGAGGGCCAUGGCUCGUGCUCUGAUCCGGCAGGACGGGACCCCGCAGCUGCAGGAGCCCAGGCGCCUGUCGGCUCUGCUGCGGGACUUCCUUGAGUGCAGCCUGGAGCCGGACGAGGAGCGGCGCUGGUCUGCCCAGGAGCUGCUGCAGCACCCAUUUUUAUCAUCAGCCAAGCCUCUCUCCAGCCUGACCCCUCUGAUCACCGCAGCCAAGCAACUGAGGGAGCAGCGGAGGAGAUGAAGCACUGGAGGACAGCUUUUAGCUACAGUAGUUAGUUAGGACAACUAGUUAGUCAUGGUAGUUAGCAGUGCUAGUUGGUUAUGGUAGUUAGGACAGCCUGUUAUGGUUCUUAUGACAGCCUGUUUGGUAGGGCAGUUUUUUGAAUAAAAACUCCCUUAAACCUCAACUCCCUUGAGGUGUCCCUUCCUUCUCCCUCUGUGACUCAGCUGCCCGGAGCAAUGUGAGGGGAGAGUGGGCCCAGCCUCGCCCAGAGCUGAGCCCCAGCAGAGACCUGGCAAAGCCCAGAGCAGCCUCGGCAUCUGCAGAGUCAGUGAGACAGAGUGAAAAUUUAACAGGGUAGAAAUCCAUUUGGAUUUAGGUGAAAUGUGCAGCUUUAAGCUUGCUAACAUAAGUUGUAAUGAACAGUUUCCACGUGUUCCCCAGAGACGCAGGCAGGGCCUUCUUAGUUCCCAUGGCAACACCAAAAAAGCUACUAACUCUAGGUAAGUACCAAUUGACUUUUACCCAUCACCAUCACCUAAAAAAGAAUAGACUAGGUUAGGCUGUGAGAAGCAGGGAGACAGAAAGAGAGAGAGCCCUGGUGCUGCCACCAGGGAAGGAGCGGGGACAGCUGUUGUUCUGGACUUCAGCAACAGACUCUGCACGCCACGCCUCCUCAUCCUCUGGCCACCGGUGUGCCACAAGGAAAGAAGAAGGGACAGCUGCUGCUCUGGGCUUCAGCGACAGACUCUGCACGCCUCCUUCCUUUCAG